AGGACGCGGAAGAGGGUGGAGGCAGAGACGAGCACGUUGAAGCGCGCGAGAGAUGGAAGCGCCUUCACAAGAUGUGAAGGGUGCAACAAGGACGUCCCCGUGGUUCUCAUCGACAUGCAUAGUUGCAGCCUCGACUCCAAGAUUAGGAUGAGUUUGGAGGCUCAAGUGGUUGAGAAGGUUGUCGAGCCUAAGAAGUCCACUGAGAAGAAGAGAGUGGCUUCAUCGAGCCCGAAGGAGAGAAAGGGAAAGAAGGAGAAGAGAAUGAAAAAUCCGAACAAGCCCAAGCGCCCACCUACUGCUUUCUUUCUCUUCAUGGAUGACUUUAGGAAGUCAUAUAAAGAAGCAAAUCCUGGUUCUAAGGGUGGUGCUUUGGUUGCUAAGGAAGGGGGGGCUAAGUGGAAAUCUAUGACAGAGGAGGAGAAAAAGCCUUAUGUUGACAAAGCAGAAGAGCUUCGAGCAGAGUAUGAUAAAGCAGUAAAGGAAGAUAAUGCAGAGAAUGAGGAUGCCGAUGAGAAUGAAGUGUCUGGGAAGGAAGAAUCUGAUAAAGAAGGCUCUGACAAGGAGGAAUCUGAUAAAGAAGCUGAGAAGAAAGAAGCAGACAAGAAAGAAUCUGAGGAGGAAGUAGAGUAAAUCUGAUAGUGUUAGGGUGAAAUGGGUUUUCAUGAGGAUUUCUAUACAGCUGUUAAUGAUUUCCUCCUGUAAAUUUUGAACUACCUCAAGAAGUUCCUAGUUUUGUUUAGGGUUUUGUGCUCUUGUCAUUAUGAGAUUGUUGGUACUGAUUUUGCAAAGCACAUGGAUUUGCAUCUUUUAGCAUAUAUUUUAUGAUAGCAAUUGAUGGCAAUAUGUUCAUUGCUCUACUUUAGUUUAAUUCCUUGCUUCAUCUCCUUAUUAGACCUAAUGUGCAAGUGGAUAUGUGGCUCUGCUAUUUCUG